AUGUCAAUUUCUUGGGAAGCAUAUAAUCAAGCAUUAGGUCGUCAAGCUGAAUGGCGUCCAAACCAACCACAACAACCUCAACAACCUCAACAACCUCAACCACAGCAACCACAAGUAAAUUAUAAUCAAUAUAAUCAACAGGCAGUUAGUUAUAACCAAUAUGGACAACCAGUUUAUGGCCAACCAAACCAAGCAUGGGGAUCCGCACCACAACAACAAACUAAUUACUAUAACCAACAACAACAGAUUAAUAUUGUACCAAGAAGUGCUAGUUUUUCUAAUGCUACAUAUGACCAAGUAAAUGGUACUGCUACUGUAACUGGUGAUAUUUCUUUUCCAUCAGGAAUGGGUGAAGCUAAUAAUAUCAAAAUUCAUUUUGAAUCAGUCGGUGAUUAUAUUGCAGAGUUUGUUUUGGUUACACCUCACGAAGAAAAACCACAUUCUCUCGAAAUUAUCUAUAAAGAUGGCCCAAAUGGUCAACUUAAUCAUCAAAGUGUUAUAUGUGGUAGUAAUCGUUCUAGAAAUGAGUUUUGGGGUAGAGACUCACAAAAUGGACAAGUUAAAUACGAUAGAAUUCAAUUGGUUGAACCUUUCCCAGGUCGUACUAUUAUUGAAGCUAUCAAUUUUAGAAAAGUACCAAGCGGUAGUAUUUUCCCAAAUGACCCAUCACAUAUUGUAGGUAAAUUUGCUAAUGUUGAAUGGGAAAAGGUUAAAGGAAAAAGAAUGGUAGCUGUAUGGAGUUCUGAUAAUCCACAAUACUUUAAUGAACACUCCUACACCAUGGACAACCUUUUACCAUACGGAGGCGCCGAAAAUCCAGGAAGAUUUUAA